UUACCGUCUGACGCUUCCCUGUGUGUAUGUGGGAGAGUGUGUUUGCACUGAAGCAGUCACGAUUAUGUCCAACAGGUAAUAUGUUUCACUGCCACGGCUGCUCGGCGCCGAACCUCGCCUGUGUCCUCCCGAGACCGCUGGUUAGUUCGAGUCGGUAGAAAACGGCUCGCUGGCGCCGCCGAGCCGCUCUGCCUGGUCUAAGCCUCAUUAGUGAGCUAAUAGACUGUCUCUGACUGCCUCUCUCGUCGCCUUGUUGCCUCUCCUGCGACUUCUACACGUUUCCCUCCUACAUUAGAGCCCGUGGGAGAUGGUGUACCGAGACUGACAUGACCGGCCAGUGUUCGAGUCGUUGUUUGGCGUGAGAAUCGGGCGCCGGAGUCUCCUAACAGCCCUGCGUUUUGACUCCCAGGCUCGCCUAGCGGAGUGAGACAUGGCUGAAAUGAUUGCCGUCCACGCCGGGUUGCCGUCGCUCUCCACCAUGAACGUCACCUUCCCGGUGCAGGAGGACGCCGGCACCGCCGCCGCCGCCGCCACCGCUCCGCCAGCCGCCGCGAGCAGCGAGGACUACCUGUUCGUGGAGGCCCGGCACCCCGGCACUGUCCUGCAGGGCCUGAACAGCCUGCGGCUCAACAACGCCUUCUGUGAUGUGACUCUGUGCUGUGGCGGACAGGAGUUCCCCUGCCACCGCAUUGUGCUGGCCUCCUUCAGCUCCUACUUCCAGGCAAUGUUUUCCACAGACCUGAUAGAGUCCAAACAGGAGCGCGUUGCCAUCAAUGGAGUUGAACCCCAGAUGAUUGGCAUGCUGGUGAGCUACGCCUACACAUCAGAGGUCUACAUCUCCAAAGCAAAUGUGCAGGCCCUGCUGGCGGCAGCCAACCUGCUGGACGUGAUGGCUGUUCGGGAGGCCUGUUGUCGUUUCAUGGAGCGGCAGAUGGACGAGAUGAACUGUGUGGGGAUCCACUGCUUCGCCGAGGCCCACUCUUGCAAGGUGCUGGAGAAACGCAGCAUGGACUACAUCCUUGAGCACUUCGGCAGUGUUUAUCAGCAGGAGUUCCUGUCUCUGUGUGUCGACAAACUGACAGAAAUCAUCGCCAGUGACCAUCUCAACGUGCCCAAAGAGGAGAUGGUGUUCGAGGCCGCCAUGUCGUGGUUGAAUAAAUGCCCCUCUCGCACACAGAGCUUUGAAAAGGUCCUCGAGCAUAUCCGCCUGCCUCUUAUCAGCCCCUACUACCUCCACGACGUGAUCGAGUCUCUGGACGUGGUGAGGGAGAACCAGGGCUGCCAGAGGCUCAUCUCCGAGGCCAAGGACUACCUGCUGCUGAAGGACCGCCGUGGGGAGCUCUACUGCCCCAGAGCGCGGCCGCGCAGGUCCACAGGGACAGCUGAAGUGAUAGUGACAGUCGGCGGGGAGGACGACAAGGUGGUGCUGCGCAGCGUCGAGAGCUUCGAUCCCGUGACGAAUCAGUGGAAGAACCUGGCCUGCCUGCCCUUCGCCGUGAGCAAACACGGGCUGGUCGUGUCAGACUCGACUCUGUAUUUGGCAGGAGGGGAGUUUCCCGACGGCUCAGCCAGCAGGGAGAUGUGGCGCUAUGACCCCUGCUUCGACUCCUGGAUGGAGAUGGCCCCCAUGAAUGUAGCUCGAUCUGAGUUAGGCCUGGUGAUGCUGGACGGCUUUGUGUAUGCAGUGGGAGGGUGGGAGGGACGGUCUCGUCUGGACUCGGUGGAGUGCUACAACCCCCACACCAACUCCUGGCAGUUCACAGAGUCUGUCAAGAUGGCCGUCACGAGUCCUGCUGUGGUGGCCCUGGACGGACUGCUCUAUGUUACUGGUGGGGCAGUUCUAGAGGAUGGUGAUGGCACAGACCUCGCUCAGGUGUACAACCCUAAAACCGCAGUAUGGACCGAGGUCGCCCCGAUGCAGAUCGCUCGCUCCGGUUCAGCAGUCUGUACACUCAAAGGAAGGAUCUAUGUAAUAGGUGGGUGGCAUGCCUCGACAGAGAACACAGAUAAGGUGGAGUGUUACAAUCCCAAGACCAACCAGUGGACCAUGUGCGCCCCCAUGAAAGAACGACGCUACCGGCCCGGCGCUGCUGUGGUGGAUGGAAAGAUCUAUGUCCUGGGAGGAGAAGAAGGCUGGGACAGAUAUCAUGACACCAUUGAGAGGUACUGUGAUGAGACGGACACGUGGGAGAUUGUCGGGGAAAUGCCCACCAGUCGCAGCUGGCUCAGCUGUGUCUCUCUCCAGCUGAGAAAGGACGUCCACGUGAGCAGCUGUCCUGGGACGCCGAAUGACAACUGAAUCGGGACGUCACGGAGGAAUCUUUCCUGGUUAUUACUUGCACCCUCCUUCAGGGACAGCGCACUAUAUAGCUCAGAGCCGUGGAGACCAGCGAGCUGAGAGAAGUGAUGCCUGGAUUUGGCACGGAGCUGUUUGAGCUCUUCCUGGCGGCAAAAAGUAGUCAGGUUUUGGUUUUGUUUUUUUGUUUUGUUUUUGUUUUUUUAAAUCAAUGACGACUUGUGGACUGAUUCUCGCUCACUUGGGUCCCUGCUUUGGCGUGGAGGCAAAGGAAACGACAUCGACACACAUGAUCUCAAGCAACUGUGAUGGACGACUCAGUCAGCCGUCUGAACUCACUGUCUGUCUGUAUGAUGUGAACUUGUUUUUAUGUCUGAGCACCUCAAAUCUGUGAAGAUUUUUCCCAGCCAACAUAGUGUAUUUUUGUAUUACUAUAAUUAUUAUUAUUAUUAUGUGAUGUAUUUAUUGGGGUGUGACUAGUUGUGAGAAUGAACUUUUAAAAAAAAUAAUAAUAAUUAAAAAAAAAAAAAAAAAAUUCCACUCUAUCAAAAGAUGCUUUGUGGGCCAAAGAAUCAAAUUGUGAAUAUUUUCAAAGGUUACCUGUGAAAAAGAUAUCUAUAUGUGAGCAGUGUUUUUUGUAAUGAAACUUUGUAAGUUUUGAAUGAUUGUCUUUACUAUCUGUAACAUGUUGAGUAUAUUUUUGUAAUGUAGUGUGCGUCAUGCAUUUUAGUGAAUUUAAAUGGAGUUGGGCUCUAAUAAAGAUGUUUAAUUCUUUACUGUGAA